ACAACAACGGAGCACUAAGGGAGCUCCAGCUUGUCUGUAGCACUACAUCGUCGCAACGGGCGAAGUGGAUAUCAAGUACAUCAUCAUCAUCAUGAAGAGGCGACCAGCUUCUCCGAGGCCAUAGAAUUGGGAAAUCUCGCCAUCAAGGAUACGGAAUGAGCCACCCAGUUUCGACCUAGCACAACCACACCCCCCUACCUAAUCAGCCUCACCGGCCGCCCCAAUGAACCCGGGAUCCUAGGUAGACACAGUUUAGAGCUUGACAGCCAGGUGACUUUGUCUGAACCAAUAACACUUUAUCCGAAACAUUGCAAGUGCACUGGCUCUCCUCGAUCACCUCAGCCAUCACCCGUUUCCCGGCGUCCGACAGAUUUCCCCCCGCGAGACAUGCCUCUUCUACCAAGAACCGAUCCCGGAUGCUGCGGGUGGCCCGCAAGCAAAACAUCGGCUAUCACGUUGUGAUGCGGUGAUUGCUUUCCUUCGUUCACCGACCUUUGUGCCCAUUAUACAUCUCAUGCAAAGAGCAAUUCGUACCGGGACAGCUCUCCUUGGCUUCCAUGCUGUACAACACCGCCCCUCACAGCUUCCAGACAACUUCUCCCAGUGGGGUGGUGGGAUGGUGUCGAGAUCAGCUGCCACCACGUCUGGGGAAAUACCAAGUAGAGUGUUACGGACAAGCAUCCACCCUGAACUUCAAAGCGUAACCCCGUUGUACCUCGACAAAGAGCCACAGACUUCACUUGGCAGCAAGCGAUCGGCAGCCGUCCAGGCAAUUUCAGAUUGUAACAUUGGCAGUCAUCACAGGUGGCAAUUACCCUCGGACAAGGGAGGUAAACUUUUGCGAGGAAACUGAAACUGUCACACCGUAAAUGUGAAAGAGGGAUUCGGUAAGACAUCGAAGGAGUUGAAGGAGGAGACAACAGAAAGACCCGACAGCCUCAUAUGCCCGUGCCCGUACCGCCGUCACGGGGGUCUAGAGGUCGAGGUCCAAACUGGAAAGAGAGAACCCCGCCUUGAUCAUUGAACGAGAGUCGGAGACUGACAAGGAUCAACCAGACAAUGCAGAUGGCCGGACGGGAAAGAAGGAGGGGAUCCCGGGGGUUUAGCCAAACAAGAGCGACAAAGGUGGUGGAUGCCAACCCAUACAAUGCACUACCCGCACGUGUUGCGUCACCACCUCACCUCCCACCUUCCGUGUCCCAGGUCGUGCCCGUCAAGCGACUUCCGAAUACUUGAUCAAAAAGUGGAAGUAACACUGCAGAACCCGCACACCACCCACCCAAGGCCACUACAAGUACUUGCCGUGCAACGUGAAGCCAUCAAUUGGAUGCAAUGGUUGAUAGGGGGGAACCCAAGCUGGCCGAGACCGACGAGUCCGCGAGCGCCGGCAUCGCCUUCAAAAACCCAUUCGCAGAUACCACCCCACACCACCCGGCCUCGAAUGACAACGACUCGUCCCGCUCCGACACAAAAAGCCCUACAAGUCCGUUGAAUGAUACUUCCGGGCCCUACAGCUCGCGUCGAAUUACCCCUUCGCUUGGCGUCCAGCAGCUUCUCAGUAAUCUUCAGCCCAGAGAUCCAUUGGCCGACCAGACGCCUGCCCCCACCAGCGACGCUGUUGCGUAUAAUUCCAGACCUUCCCUUCCACAUCAGCUCCAGAAGCAACAACACCUCGACCACCUCCAGGCCAACACCGGCCACUACACGUCUCCUAGCGGCGACAACACCCAGACCUACGAUACCCGGUCGGCUGCCUCCCAUCAUCGCAGCAUCAAGCCCAUCGCAACCGCAGUCAUGGCGUUUGAAAAGGCCCGCAAGUUCUCCACGGGCACUUCGGUGCACCGUAAGCGCCAGAUGAGCACUCUGGUGGAGAAAGAGGGUCACUUUGGUCCUGCUCUAACUACGCUCUAUCUUGGUAUCUCUGCCGUCUUUGCUGACGACCAUACGGCCGUUGUGGCCCUGGCCAUUCAUGACACAGUCUACCUGGUGGACUUCUCAGUUAAACACAUUGAGCUCGAUGACGCCCUGAAAAUGGGCGAGGACCUCAUCGCAGAAUAUGUCAUCUCCGAAGUGCAAAAGUAUGAGCACGAGAACUUUUCCAAGUUCGUCGGUGCUGGUCUCCCCACGACACUCAAGUACAUGAGCCCAACCCUCUGUUCGCGGCUCUGGCUCGAGGUGGAUAUUGUGCCCAUCGUUAUGCGCCCAGAUGAUGAGCACAAGGAAGCGACCUUCUGGGAUGUCAAGCGAGUCGAUGAACAAGCCGAUUCCAUGGCCCGAAAGUGCAUCAUGCACUUUGGCCCUUCCCUCGUUCCCCUCCUCCAGGUCGGAUUCCGAGGCAUUGUUCAAACCGAUGCUGGAUUCCGCGCCCACCUUACCACCGUACAGAACCACAAAGACACAUGCGGUCCGGCAACGUGGGAAACCACUCUGACAUUUGCCAAGAAGCUUCGUGCCAACAAGCUCAAGAUGGCCUUCUUCAGCUCAACGCCCCAAGGCGGUGGUGUUGCACUUAUGCGGCACGCUCUUGUACGCUUUGCUCGUCUUUUGGGUGUCGACCUCACCUGGUACGUGCCAAAACCACGACCCGGUGUCUUCCGCAUCACCAAAAACAUCCACAACAUCCUGCAGGGUGUCAGCCAUCCCGAUCAGCGCGUAUCUGCCGAAGAGAAGCAGGCCAUCAUUGAUUGGAUUAACGAGAAUGCCAGUCGAUACUGGUUCUCCGAGGGCGGACCUUUGCGUGCACCCGAGGAAGGCGGUGCUGAUAUUGUCGUGAUUGAUGACCCUCAAAUGCCCGGCUUGAUCCCCCUGAUCAAAAAGUAUACCCCUAACCGCCCCGUUCUCUACCGCUCGCACAUCCAGAUUCGCAGCGACCUCGUCGCCAAGGCCGGUUCGCCUCAAGCCGACAUCUGGGAUUUCCUGUGGGGCAACAUUCAGGGCGCCGACAUGUUUAUCAGCCACCCGAUUCCCAGUUUCGUCCCUCACAACGUCCCGCGCGAGAAGGUCGUCUACUUGCCAGCCACCACCGACUGGCUUGACGGCUUAAACAAGCACCUCAACCACUGGGACUCGGGUUAUUACGGAAAUCUGUACAACAACGCCUGCCACUCGCAGCGCAUGACGGAGCUCAACUGGCCCGCCCGCAAGUACAUCAUCCAGGUGGCCCGCUUCGACCCAUCCAAGGGCAUCCCCACCGUUAUCGACUCGUAUGCGGAGUUCCGUCGCCGCUGCGACAAAGCUGGCAUCACCGACGUGCCGCAGCUCGUUGUGUGCGGCAAUGGUUCCGUCGAUGACCCCGACGCCUCCCUCAUCUACGAUCAGACCAUGGCCCAGCUUGAGACAUACUACCCCGACUUGAUUCGGGACGUCAGCGUCAUGCGUUUGGAGCCCAACGACCAGGUCAUCAACACCUUGCUCUCCAAUGCCCACGUUGCGUUGCAGCUUUCCACCCGCGAAGGCUUCGAGGUCAAGGUUUCCGAGGCCUUGCACGCCGGCAGACCCGUCAUCGUCACCAACGUUGGCGGUAUCCCGCUGCAGGUCAAGGACAAGGUCAAUGGUUUCCUUGUCGCCCCUGGUGAUUGGCGUGCCGUGGCCGGUCAUCUGAUGGACCUGUUCACCGAUGACGAGCUCUGGAAGAGAAUGCAUCAUGCGGCACGGACGGGCGUCUCUGAUGAGGUCGGCACUGUCGGUAAUGCGCUUGCCUGGUUCUACUUGGCUGCCAAGUGGACCGAAGUCGGCGUAGAGACGAGUGGCAAGGGUGGAUUGAAGGGCAAUGAGCAGUGGGUGAACGACAUGGCGAGGACGGAGGCCGGAUACUUGUACACCCAAGAGGAAAACCGGUUGCCGAGACACUUUACGCAGAGGAAGCCGGAGUCCGAGUCGGAGUCUAAGGACUUGCCAAUUCAUGAGAAGAAGGCAGAGGUUACUGCUUGAUUUUAUGUUGGCGGAUCGCUUGUUUUUGGUCGAGUUUAGUUUGUUAGUUUAAGAUAUGAGCUCAUCCAUGGAGUAUCUUUCUAGCUGCCAUUACAAUGAGAGAAGUCAAAAUAAAGCUUCUGCUGUCACGAUGGAUGCUCAUCGUGUGGCAUCUUCAUAGUGAUCAGUGAAAGUUCAUCACUUUCAUGCAGCCGCUGCGCGUCUGUCGGCCGGGUAAAAUUCUGUGAGAAGCACAUUUCAAGCCGUGACAGGCAAUCCAGCUGCAGGCGUCGAAGAUCACUGAACUACAUACCUGUGUCUCGACAGCGCAGUUCCAGCCUUUGCCAGGGUAACUUAUCACGGUCCAUCAAACAAAGAUGUCCCAGACGGGAACGAUCAAGGUACACGUAUGAUGGAGGAUGUUCGCACGCCCACUCCGAAGCUGUUAACGAUAAGACAAGUAGUUGGAUCUGACAAAGACUUCUGGUCGUCGCCGUGUUUUUCUACCGCUCUCGU